ACCUAAACCUCUUCACUCGUAAUAUUUCAUCCAUAUUCGCAAUCCCAUGUAUUGCUGAUUAUUUUAUAACUUCUUCAACCCGAAUACAAAGCGGAAAAUCUGAAAGGAAGAGCCGUUUGUAAGUGUUGGAAAUACACGAAUAUUGACGUAGUGUAACAAGCUGACUCAUCACCCAACCAGUCUGUUGGAACUCCUAUCUAAAGCUUAAGGUAACGCGAGAAAUAAGAACCGACGAGAUGGGAAAUGGAGUGAUUAAAAAACGGACUGGAAAUGGAUUGAUUGAUGAACAAAGUUCUUUACUUGGGGAUAGGAGAUCAAGGGAUCGUGUUGAUGGAGGUGAUGAUGAUGUAUCGACGGGCCAAAGUGGGGGUGAGGAUGAUAUUAGCAACGAUGAUGAUAUUGAGGAUAAAGCAAAUCAACAGGUUGGAAAAUGGAGAGCUAUAUUGAUAAGUAUCAGUGUAUUUGGCUUGAUAUUUUUGCAAGGUAUGUUCUCGGGAGUUUAGUACCUAGUAUUGAAGAUGAAGACCUCGAUUGGAUUUAGUUUUCUAAUGAAGUUUGAUGCUAGCAACAAACAUGUCCGGAAUUUCAACCACACAAUCUAAAAUUGCUGAAGAUCUUGAUUCAUUUACUGAAGCAAGUUGGUUUACAUCUACCUAUCUCGUAAGAUAUCCUUCCUUAUCAUCUGAUCACAUACUUACAUCAAAUCAGAUAGCCAUGUCAUCCAUAUCACCAGUAGCAGCACGAUUAGCUCAAAUUUUCUCCCCUAGAGACCUUAUCCUAGCAGCAGCAAUACUCUUCUCAAUCGGAGGAACUGUCACAUCACAAGCCCCAGACCUUAAAACUUUCCUCGUGGGAAGAGCUAUUAGUGGUAUUGGAGGUGCCGGUAUCAUGACCAUCAGUCUCAUCUUAAUAUUAGAACUUACCAGUAAAAAACGUCGAGGGAUCUUCAUCGGAUUAGCUAAUUCGGGAUUUACCCUUGGUGUCUCUUUAGGUGCCGUUGUCUGGGGAGCUUUAUUACCCGUUGUUGGUUGGAGAGCUUUGUUUUUGUUUCAGUCACCUCUGGCUGUACUUUCUGGAAUUGGUAUUUAUUUUAGUAUUCCUAAGAGCUUUACUUCUGGACACAAGACUGCAGAUGGGGAAUCUAUUACUUCUAAGCUUGCGAAAAUUGACUAUCUCGGAUCUCUUUUUCUCGUAAGUGAUUUUACUACUAGCCACACGGCAACCGUGAGCAUGAACUCUAACUAAAUUCUCCAGAUCACAACCAUCAUCCUCUUCCUCUACGGACUUUCCUCACCAAAAAUUGAAUGGCUACCUAUUCUCUUCUCAAUUCUCACCCUUAUACUCUUCCUCUACAUUGAGCUCAAAAUUUCCACCGAUCCAAUUAUACCAAUCAGCGUAUUGAAAUCUCGUGGAGCCCUCCUCUCUUGUAUUUCCCAACUAGGAAUAAUGUCUGCGAGAUGGAGUAUCCUAUUCUACGCACCCGUCUACGCAAUCUCUCUUCGUGGCUGGUCCCCCGCAUCCGCAGGUUCAAUUCUCAUACCUACAAAUGUGGGAUUUGCUCUAGGUGGUAUCAUAGCCGGUGCAUUCCAUAUCAAAAGAGCAGGAAGUUUCUGGCUGUACGUUCUACCCUAUCCAUCCCGUCCAUCCUAUCCUAUUCCCGGCCCCCACUAAAAAAUAAACUAACCACCAAAUAUCUAACAACCUCACAGACCCUGCAUAACAUCCCUAACCCUCUUCUCCACAACCCUAAUCCUCUUCUCCCAAUUCUCCCGCCCCAGCACCCCAAUCCCAAUCUUCAUCCUCCUCGCCCUCACAAAUGGCCUCUGCAUCGGCGCUGCCGUAAACUACACCCUCGCCCAUCUCCUCCACCUCACUCAUCCCUCCACCCACUUCAUCUCCACCUCUCUAAUAACCACAUUCCGCGGUUUCGCCGGCUCAUUCGGUUCUGCCAUUGGCGGGGGUGCUUUUAUUCGAGUUUUGAAAACGGGACUCGAGGAUAGGUUUAUGAGAAAUGGGGGGUUGGAAGGUAGAGAAGAUCUCGUGAGAAAAUUAUUAGGUAGUCCUGCGUUGGUCGGUACGCUGAGUGGAGUGGAGAGGGAUGUUGCGAUGCGGGCUUAUGCGGAUGGGUUUAGAGCUUUGUGGGGUGGGGCGGCGGUGGUGGCGUUUUGAUGGUGGGGUGCAGGCUGCGGCGGGGUGGGAGGGGUAUAGUAAGGGGAAGGGAGAGGAGGAGAGGUUGGAGGUGGGGAAUGGACUGGGGGUUGGAAAUGAGGUUUGGGAAGAGGGGAUGGAGGAGGGUGUUUAAAUUUAGUGGUUGUUCAUUUCAUUGAUAUGAUCUUUGUUGUUUUGCUGUGUAGAGUAAAGUAGAGUAGAGUUUAGAUGAAUUUGUCAUGUAGAGAUAGAUUCUGCGAUAUACCAUUUGUAAAUUCAAUUCAGGU